GGCAAGAGGCAGAUUGUGCAUUCGGCAGACAGGUACCGCGGGCGAUCUAGGAUGUUAUCUUGAUGCGCGCUGCUGUUUGUACCAAUCGCAUCGAUAUCGGCCUGUGUCAGUGUAACGGUCUCCAGCAGCAACAGCUCGUUCUCACUGAACACAUUGUAUGGCUUUACUGGCUGUUCGUUGGGCCGAAGCUGAGUGGUGGUUUGGCGGACCGGCAGCUCUAUGUUGCUGCGCGUCCCUGGUCACUGCGUAGAGUCGCGCAAAUCGGCCCAGAACUAUGAGUGAAACUGCGCAGGAACCUUUGUUGAUGCAACUUCCUGCACUGGACCAGGACCAUCGAGAAGGACAAGAGACGAGUUUGUUUAGAAGGAUAGGUGGAUGCUUUCCAGUGCUACAAGGGAUUCGGUGGUGUGCAGGUGAGGAUUUCUAUGCUGGUGAAUGUGGAGCGUGCAGAGAGAAGAAAGAGUGUGCUGGGCCAGCAGCAAGGUACCCUGAGAGGUCCUGUGGUUCUGGCGAAGUGCAAGCAAGCGGGCAACCCGUGCACAUGCACUAUUUGCUGCAGGCUGGAGACAAUCGCCUUGGUGUCAUUAUUGCUGCGUUGCGACCGGAAAUGGCGAGGAAAAGAAAAAGCGUGGGUGCAAUCAGUAUCGCUUCUUACUGGGCGCUGCAAGUGCGAUACACAGACGCUGCAUGUUCUUUUAUGAGCUCCAGAAGAUACGUCAAGACGCUCUCGAAGGAACCACUGGGAACCAGUGUGCUCUAUGCGGCAAUCUGCUUGUGGACGCUGGUAAAUCGCAGAGCUUGCUAUCUGGGCAACAGGGUGGCGGAGAGGAAGAAAACCAGGUGUUCCUUUCCCUCUGCGAAGAAACCUGCGUGCAUUGUAUUUCCGCAGGUUAUGCUAAAAACAGGGAGUGCCCAUCCGUGUCGCCGUCCUUUGCUUCUUGUCUCUCUUGAUUCAACCACACAUGCACUAUCCAAUCCUCUAGUUGUUUCUCUGCAUUAUUCUGUACAGGCUGCGUCGAGCGCUAACCUUGAAAGCACACGCCAGCCUCUAAUAGCCAGCGAUCUGAAUACACCACCACAUCGCCAUCUCCAAUUGCAGUCGUGAGAUAUGAACAGUGCCCGCUACAUAGCAGCAUUACUACUGCUCGCAAGCGCGGCUAAUGGGUCGCCUGUUCCGCUGGAAAUACAGACAGAAACUACAGGCUUUCCAUCUGCCAGCUCAGAUACGCCGA